AGUGCCUCUUGCUUGUCGUUAUGCGUGCAGAAUGGAAUCACCAGGGCCAUGGACAAGCAGUAUUCUCAGUUCAAUCUAUUUGAUUGGAAUGACGAGCGAUGGCAGGCGUAUCUUUCAGGUAUUUACCCACCGCCAAAUUACAGGCAGCUCCUGAAGUUUAGGAAGAAGUGGUACAAGAGAACGAUCGACCCCGAGUUCGAUGUUGACUAUGAGCCUGUUACGGCCCCGAGCAGAGGCACCAGCAGCGGCGGAGGGGAUGGCGGUCCCGCUCGUCCCAACACCAGGUCCGACGACGUCUGGGCUAACACAAAGUACAUUUGGAAGGUGAAUUGUUUUUUAUCGUAUUUGUGGAGCCUGGCCUACGUCGUCUCCUCCGCCUUUCAGCUCGUAAGCGUGCGGUUGGCCCUGGUCAUCCUGUCCGCGAGCGUCGCGCUGGAGCUGCUGGCCAGGCACGGGAUCCAGUGCCGCCGAGAUUAUUUGGCCGGCGGUCUGCGCACGCUGCUGCGAGAGGACGUCGGCCCGGUCCCACUGUUUGCCCUGGCCGCCCUCGCGCCGGGCCUGCAGGGGCCGCGGGCCGAUCGGGCGUUGGGAGGGCCAGGGAGGCGCCCCCUCUGCUCUGGGUACUCCAGAUUUCGUAAUAAAAGGCUGUUCAAUCGACCACGGCCGCGGAGAGUGCACGCUCUCCUGCUGUUCAGCAGUGCCAUCACGGUCCUCCUGAGUCUGACGCAGAUCAGCCCAGCACUGCCAGGCAAUCCUUUGGCGAAGCUCCUCCGCCCACUGGCAAUCGCCCGCGUGAGACACGCACUCCUGCAGCUACGGGCAGACGUCGAGGUCUUGAGCGGCUUCUGGUUAAUCUGGAUGUGCGUCGGGCGGCAAGCCUCGCUCUUCGCCCUCCUGUGGAUAUGGAACGCUCUGGCGAUCCGGUACGCCAUGAGCCCCUGGACCCAGACCUCCUUCCGGAAGAUCGACCGCUUCGUGCGCCCAGUUUUCGGGCGGAUCCCGUUGGUGAGCCCACUGUACGAGCAAGUGAAGCUCUUCACGCACACCUUCGCCGAGAACAAGCAGAGAUGAUGGGCAAAUGUUCAUCACCAUUACCACAGGUAGGAUGGAGGAGAAGGGAGGACGUGAAGAUCCUCCUCGUCCUCCUUCUCCUCCUCCUUCUUUUCUUUAUAGUUCCUCCUCCUCCUCCUCCUCGUCCUCCUCCCUCUCCUACAUGUUGUAGUGUUGGUGGAAAAUCGGCCCAUCAAGAGAAGCCCCUGCACAGUGCAGUGAUCCCGUUUCUGCGCACUGCGCACACCGACGGGAUCACCCUCCUCCCAGCCGCCUGCCUGGAGCGCUUGGCGCGCGCGCGUGCGUUGCGCGUGUGCCUCGCUGGAGAUAUUGUCCCUUCCCCCUCCUCGUCCUCUCCCUUGCCCUCCUCUUCGUCGUCGUCGUCGUUGCUGCUGCUUCUCCUUCCCUCCCUCCUCUCCCCUCCCC